GGUUUCGAAUUUUCAUCUCCAAUUAUUCAUUCUAAGCAGUGAGUGAAGAAGCCCAUCUCUUUUGAGCUCCCAUUCUAGUGACUAUAAUCGCAGCUCCGUCAUUUUCAGUGACUAUAGCCAUCAAUGGCUAACUACAAAGAGGGAGGAGUGUGCAAGCAAGUGGAGUGGAUUAUUAUGUCCAAAAGUACAAGUUAUAUUGGAUAAAGAGAAAGAAGAGGCAUCUAAUUGCACUGUUCUACCGUCUACUGCUACAGUAUUCCAAGUUGCUCAUCACAUUGACGUAUUAGAGGUGGACAUAGAAAGAAGAACAUGUACGUACAGGAAAUGGGAUCUUAAAGGGAUUCCUUGUUGUCAUGCUAUUGCCUCAAUUAGUUACCAACAUAAAGACGUCGAGUCAUUUGUGGAAGAAUGUUACACCAAAGCUGCAUACACAAGACUUAUACAGGUUGCAUAGCUCCUUGCAUUGGAGAACAUCAAUAGCCUAAAAUUGAUAUGUCCAUGGAUCCACCCCCCAUCAAAAUUGGUCCAGGAAGACCAAGAAAGUCACGAAUCAAAAGUGCUCAUGAGGACCCAAAAAAACAAGGAAAACUCACAAUACAUGGCAUGCAGAUGAGUUGUACCAUUUGUAAAUUCACUGCACAUAAUAAACGAAAUUGUCCGGAAAAGGAUAAAGCUGCUGACCCUACAUCCCCACCAAUUAAGAGAGGAAGAGGAAGACCAAGAAAAGAUGUUAGUGAAAGAAGAGUAAACCCAGAAUCAGAAUCAUGUCAACCAGCCCAUCAUCAGCUAACUGCACAUCCUGGGGCAAUAGGUAAAGGGGGGAGAAGGAUCCAUACAGGGCAAGGGAGCAAGGGUGGUAAUCCCAGUGGUUCUGUUACAACUGCUGAAACGUGCAAAAGAAAAAGAGGAAGGCCAAGCAAGGGAAGCCAAAUUCAUGUAGACGUACUCUGAAGUCAAGCAUCAACAACCAAGCAAUGAAGAAUCUUUAUUAAUAUUCAGACUAAUAGUUAGUAUAACACUUAAGAGCUUUUGUAAACAAUGAAGCGUAUGUAUAAUUAAUGUAUUGUUAAUGACUUAAGUGUUGCUUUUGUAAACCUAAAUAUUUUGUUUAACGUUUAAGUAUGGUAGUGAUAUUUUGUCAAUGUA